GUUUAAGCUAACCUGUAGCAUAUAGUAAUAAUACUAUUGUACACGUAUUGUACUGUUGGUAGUUGUAUCGUGACAGGUUCAGUGAUCGCAGGAAGCUGCGGCUCAUCUCUGCUGCUGAUGGAGCACAUCCGACUACCCAAGGUGGAGAAUGUCAGGCUGCUUGACAGAGUCUCCCCCAGAAGAAGUAGGGUGGGCACCCUUUACCUGACCGCCACACACACCAUCUUUGUAGAGAACGAGGCUGGAGUGCGCAAUGAAACAUGGGUGCUUCACAGUUUGGUGUGCAGCAUGGAGAAACAAGCUGCCACAGCCUCAGGAUGUUCUCUGCUCAUUCACUGCAAGAACUUCCAGGUUCUCCAUUUUGUCGUACCUCGAGAGCGGGAGUGCCAUGAUGUUCACCUGUCCCUACAGCGGCUCUCCCAGCCAGAGCGUCACGAGGAGCUGUACUGCUUCUCCUAUAAGCCUAACGUUGAUGAGGACGAGAGACGGCAGGAAUGGGACUUCUUGGACCUCAAGGCUGAUUACAGCAGAAUGGGACUCCCAAACUCCCUGUGGAAACUCUCCCCUGUCAACCAACACUACAAGGUGAGUGACACGUACCCCGCUGACCUGUUUGUGCCUGAGUCCGCCACACCUCCGGUCAUAGUGGGGAGCUCCAAGUUCAGAAGCAGAGGCCGAUUUCCUACUUUGUCGUACUACUCCAAAGAAAAUCAUGCUGCCAUCUGCCGUAGCAGCCAGCCCCUGUCAGGUUUCAGCGCUCGCUGCCUGGAGGAUGAACAGAUGCUGGAGGCCAUCUUGAGGUCCAAUCCCCGCAGCGACUUCAUGUAUGUGGUGGACACCAGGCCUAAGCUGAAUGCAAUCGCAAACAGAGCUGCAGGAAAAGGUUACGAAAAUGAAGACAACUACUCCAACAUUAAGUUCCAGUUCAUCGGCAUCGAGAACAUCCACGUCAUGAGAAACAGCCAACAAAAAAUGCUGGAAGUGUGUGAGCUGCGAUCCCCCUCCAUGGCCGACUUCCUGGAAGGUCUGGAGAGCUCAGGCUGGCUGAAGCACAUCAAAGCUGUUUUGGAUGCAGGCAUCUUCAUCGCUAAGGCUGUUGCAGAGGAGGGUGUCAGUGUCCUGGUUCACUGUUCAGAUGGUUGGGACCGCACCGCCCAGGUGUGUUCAGUGGCCUGUGUGCUGCUGGAUCCUCACUACAGGACCCUCAGAGGACUCAUGGUUCUCAUCGAGAAAGACUGGGUCUCAUUUGGACACAAGUUCUCUCACAGAUGCAACCACCUGGUGGGAGACCCUAAAGAGGUUUCUCCCGUCAUCGAUCAGUUCUUGGAGAGCGUGUGGCAGCUCAUGGAGCAGUUCCCCUGCGCCUUUGAGUUCAAUGCAAGGUUCCUCAUCACCAUUCACAGCCACAUCUACUCCUGCCAGUAUGGAAACUUCAUUGGCAACAACCAGCGGGAGAGGAUAGAGCUGGGCCUGCGUGAGAAGACUCACUCUCUGUGGAGUUAUCUGUGGAAGAACCAGGCAGACUACAUCAACCCUCUGUACCGACCAGACCACAGCCAGACACAGGGGCUCCUCCGGCCGUCUACCGCCCCCUACUGCUUUAAGUUUUGGAGAGGGCUUUACAACCGCUUUGACCGGGGCAUGCAUCCUCGACAAUCUGUAGAGGAUUACCUGAGUGCCAUCCAAGAGGAGACGCAGCAGCUGGAGGAGCAGCUGGCUUCACACAAACAGAAAAUUGCUCAACUGGAGCAGGAGCAGGAGUGCAGCGUAACCCAGACAGCAGCAGCCUUUGACAAGAGCCCCACAGCGUGGGCCCUCGGUAACGACCUCGGUCUGGCCAACACCCCUCAGGACUACACCGGGGGCUUCUUCACCAGCAGCCCUUCUCAGCCCAGAGCACCAAACAUCCUCCAGACCCCGGACUCGAACCAAACAUUCGAAUCCAACCUCUCCAACGGCAGCGACCAGGAGUCUGGGAUCGCAGACGUGAGCUGUCGUUCACCUCUCAGCGAGGACAGCACCAGGGACCCAGACUCUGAUGAGGCUGCCUACUCAGCCGCCUGAGCAGAUGUAGCAAUUGAUGGAAGGUGGAGCAGCGAGCAGCCGUCCACUGAACAAACACUACUGUACCUUUUACAUUCACCUGUAUGCAGUGAACUGUAGCUGACCACAUUUAACUUCUUACCCUCUUACUUAUCCCGUGAAGAUUCUCAAAGUAAUAGCAAAGCUGGAUAUUGCUCGCUGUCGUGUCUGUUGUUUGAAGGCAGAGUUAUUAACCCAUGAGAGUGUACACAGAAAGUUAAUACAAUACACAAUAACCAGUUUAAUGUUGGAGGCAUUUCAACAAUGUGCUUGAUUGUUAUGGUCUUCCAUACACUUUGAUUCACUAGGACUUUAAACCUUAUGACCAUGAGGUCGUCAGAGGCACUUUGAUAUUGAGUAUUCAAAGCAACAUUAAACAAUUAACGGAGCUCAAAAUAGACUAAAUCAUAAUUUUAGUUCCAUUGUUUGCACUUAAAGACAGCAAAAUGUUACGAUAAGGUGAAAUUAGAACAGAAUUAAAGAUCAAACAAUGACCCAUGAUUAAAAACAACAAAUAGAUUAGCUGUACAGAUAAAACGAAAACUCAAUUUGAAGCUCAUCAACGAAGGUAUGACACGUAGAAUAUGCUGUCAACGACUCAUCUCCGUAGCAGUGUUUGCAAAGUGUUUUGGUAAAUUUAAAAUACCUAAUUCCAAUGCUGUCGCUCCUUGUGGUCCCUGCUGUCAGUGUUGUGGCGCUUCAACCACCAGGACAUAUAUUGACUGAACCAAACUCACUGAGUGACCUCAGCUGGGUUUUGGAGUCAUUACACUACAAUAACCACCUGGUUAUUUCAACUUAAUACACAAUAUCUUUGGAUAUUUACACUACAAGUCGUGAAAGAUUAGCUUUGAAAUGUUAUUGAACAAGCAACUUUAUACAAUUCUGUCCACAAUAUUUUAACUCCAAAUGUGCUAUGAUCACACCAAAACUAUUAUCAAAGGGAAUCAAUGGUAUAAAUAAUGAUAUGUGGUAGCAGCAGAAGAGAGCAUGUGAACACAGAUAUACUGACUGACAUUUUGAAUAUUGUCAUCGUCUCAACUGUAAACUGUAGCAUUAAAACUGCUGACAUUAAUAGUGUAGUUCACAUUAGAUGCACUCCAAUACUGCACAUGAACAAUGUAAAGAUGAUUAAGCAAAGCAUGUUAUUUUUGUACGAUGACCUUGUUUUUUGACUUCGUUUUGUUUUAAUGCAUGUUGUUUUUAUUUGUAUGAGAGGGUCUAAAAUGUCAUAAGGCAUUCUAAACCUUGUAUAAAAGAAAGAGCUUUGUAUUGUCUGUGUUUGUGUGUUCAGAUGGAAUAAGAGCCAAAUUUGUCAAACUUAUCUAAAUGCAAAGUUGUGUAAUUUGUGUCAAUUUUCUUUUGAAAUAAAUAAAUAAAAUACAUUAUU